AUGACAAGUGACGACCAGUUUUUCUUUGACUAUCUUGCUUCGAUACCGCAUGACGUAAGGAGAUACUCCCUCGAUGUCGCAGACUCGAUCGACAGGCAGGUCGACCAUGCCGCCAAAGUAAUUCGGGAUACGCUUUCUCACCAGGCAUGGCUGCCUUCAUCGGUUCGACCGUCGCCACCACCAGCGAAAGUUUGUCCUCCCCGGUCUCUCGUUGAUCGCGCACAUGAUUGGGUCCUUCGGAAUCGAGCAUGGAGCGCUGCAAUCCUAGCAUUCGUUGGGACUACUUCUCUUCUGUAUUUUGGCAACAAGAAACUGAACCGCAGACGGAGGAAAGCUAGGAGAGCUGGAAAUGGUGCUCGGAAGGAAAUAGUCGUCGUUGCCGGGUCCUCUCACGAACCGAUGACAAAAGCAAUCGCUGCGGAUCUCGAGCGUCGAGGCUACAUUGUGUAUAUUACCGUUUCAUCGGCGGAUGAGGAACAUCUGGUUCAGUCGGAGAAUCGGAUGGAUAUCAGACCCCUUUGGCUUGACUUGACGGCUACACCCCCUUCGACAUCUGAAAUUCACCCGUCAUUGAACGAAAUCCAUUCUUUGAUCACUCAGCCCCAGUGGCCUAUGCCUGGAGUUCCCCCGCACACUUGCCAGCUGAGUGGACUUAUUCUUGUGCCUUCGCCCAACUAUGUUACCGGUCCUUUAGCGACAGUCCCAGCCUCUUCUUGGGCUGAUACAAUCAACUCUCGACUUUUGUCACCGAUCUUGACCACUCAACUAUUUUUACCUCUCCUUACCGCCCGCAACACGAAUAGCACAAUCGUUACCAUCUACCCCUCGAUAUCCUCGUCACUAUCUGCUCCUUUUGCUAGCCCAGAGGUCACCGCAACGCGUGCUUUGUCGGGAUUCGCAACUUCGCUUCGACGGGAGCUAUGUCUCUUGCAGCAUAACAACAUUGACGUCGUAGAGUUGAAGCUCGGCAACAUCGACCUUGGUCCUCAGUACCGAAACGCACAGAGUCAUAUCACCGGAACCGAGGUGCUGGCGUGGUCUACACAACAGCGAUCUCUCUACGGCUCUCAAUAUCUUUCUAGCAUUGAACAACGGCCUGUUGCAUCUGCGGGGCCUAGCGUGGUGCGCGGAUCCUCUGCACGAACUCUUCAUUAUGCAGUGCUGGAUGCGCUAGAGCCAGCAUCCAAGGAUAUCUUUGGAAGAAAGAGGUCGAAAGUUCCCGUCAUCUAUGCCGGGCGCGGCGCCUGGUCCUACAGUAUGGUCGGUGAAUGGGCGCCGAACUUCUUGGUGGGGUGGAUGCUGGGCCUUAGGAGUGGCCCUAUAACAUCGCCCAACAGUCCCAGUGGGAGCAGCAGUGAGACCAGCUGGGAAAAAGUUUAA